AUGCGAAAGGAAGGACAAGCUUGUGAGUUUUUAGUUAAUACGUUCGGCCUUUGCUUCUCCGGGAGAAGUGUUGAGUGUCGCGAAAUGCAUGUUCACGACACCACACUUUCUCCUACUGAAGAUGAUAAAUCACUUUCUUCAAACCAGAGACCUACAAUUUUCUACCAGUCUGCACCGACUACUAUUUACUCAAUGAUUUCCACAGCAAAUUCAAGAGGUGGCGAAAUACCCGAGUUGUUGAAACCGUUCACCACCAACAAAUUCAUUCACAAGACAUGGGCGGGUACAUUUUACUGUCAGCCACAAGCCAUCUUCCAACCUCGCAAUGUUGAUGAAAUCAAGGAAUUGAUCAAACAAGCCAAAUUGCACCACAAAACUAUCAUGACUGUGGGGUCUGGCCAUUCUCCAAGUGACUUGACCAUGACUAAAGAAUGGUUGUGUAAUUUGGACAAGUUUAAUCAUGUGUUGCAUCAAGAGGAACAUUGGGGACCCAUACUGGAUAAUAGCCCUGAAAAGGAGGUCAAGUUUGUUGAUUUAACUGUUGAAGCAGGAUGUCGGGUUUUUGAAUUGAAUGAGUAUUUGAAAAAGCAUGAAUUGGCUAUUCAGAACCUUGGUUCAAUCAGUGAUCAAUCCAUCGCUGGGUUGAUAUCAACGGGUACACAUGGCUCGACUCCUUAUCACGGGUUGGUGUCGCAACAAGUAGUCUCAAUCACGUUUUUGAACUCUGCUGGCGAAUCAAUAACUUGCUCCUCAAUUGAUAAACCCAAUUAUUUCAAAGCGAUCCUUUUAUCAUUGGGUAAAAUCGGAAUUAUUACCCAUGUCACCUUGCGUACAUGUCCUCGAUACACCAUUAAAUCAAUUCAAGAGAUUAUUCACUUUGAUACCUUGAUAUCGCAAUGGGACACAAUAUGGUUGGAUUCGGAAUUCAUUCGUGUUUGGUGGUUCCCCUACACUGAUAAAUGUGUUCUUUGGAGAGCCAACAAGUCAAAUGAUCCAAUCUCGGUACCCAGGCAAUCAUGGUAUGGAACCGCAUUUGGUCGUUUUUUCUACGAAUCGUUACUUUGGGCUUCUGUUCACUUGUUGCCUAAGUUGACUCCCUAUAUUGAGAAGUUUGUAUUUGAACAACAAUAUGGAAAAGUUGAAACCCUAGGUUCUGGUGAUAUAGCAGUGCAAAACUCAGUUGAAGCGUUGAAUAUGGAUUGUUUGUUUUCGCAAUUUGUGAAUGAGUGGUCAGCACCCUUAGUUAAUGGAGUCGAUGUUUUAAAUCAAUUGAAACAAGUUAUUCAACAAGCUGCAGCAGCAGAUGAGUUUUAUGUUCAUGCGCCAAUUGAGGUACGUUGCUCCAACGUGACUCAAUGCAAUGAACCUUUUGUUGAUGAUGAGGGCCACGAGUCAUUAUAUCCCUCUCAGUCUUGGUUAUCAAAACGUUCAAAAACGAGUGCUGGACCAAUACCAGGAAACAAUUUCCGUCCAUUCUUAGAUAAUUCCCCACGAUUACGUCACAAACCAACCAACUCCCACCCCACCAAUGACGAAUUGACGUUGUUUAUAAAUGCAACAAUGUAUCGACCAUUUGGCACAAAUGUAAGUACUCAUCAAUGGUAUCAAAGUUUCGAGGAUAUUUUAAUCAAAGCGGAUGGGAAACCACACUGGGCCAAGAAUUUCAUUGGCGUGAGGGAAGAGAAACAAGAUGAGAAUGAAGCUGCCAUUGAUGUCAAACAACAAUUGGAAUUUGGUGGGAAACCAUUUUACUCAAUGAUUGGUUUCAAGAAGUUGAUGCGAGAUUGGUUUGGACAGGAUCUUGUUGAAUUUAAUAAAGUUCGCAAGUCUACUGAUCCUGAGGGUGUUUUCCUUUCGGGAAAAACUUGGGCUGAUAGAAAUGGUAUUUUAUUGGAUUAG